AUGUCUGCCACCAAUAAAUUGAAUUCUUUACAUGCGGCCAUGAAUUCCACUCGCAAUCUUCUCUCGAUGCUACAGAGCAACAAGCUGCAAGCCUGGGAAAUGCGACAAUACGAAAUCAACAGACCUGGAAAGCGUCGAAUAAUCCAGGUUUCACAUUUUGUACAAGCAGCUGUCAAUGUUGGAACUGUGACGGUUGCUUCUUUCGCACGCCAUCUUGUUUAUUCUACCGGUAUUACGCAACGCCAUCAUCACACUCUAUCUAUACGUAUGGGAGCUGACAGUUACAGUGGACGUUACUUUCAACUGCAAAAUCAAGAAACGGAGACACACGGUGUCGUACUUCGGCUAGGAAGAACUUCGAGAGCAAAGGACCUUAAACUAUCUUUCCUCCGGACAGUUUCUCCCCAGCUUUCCAGUUUAGACACGGCCUCCAUAACAGCCAGCAGGAAAACAGCUAUAACAAUGACCGUUCAGGCGAAUGAGUCAACUCCCCAACUCCAGCCCAACUCCGGUGCGCUUCCAGGGCCGAAGCGAAACAGAUCCAUUGUCGCUUUUCUUCAAGAGUUUCUUCAUGUACACAUUCUACGGGAGCCUUCAAAGCCGGCUGCACAUGUCCAGAAGGGAAAAUGUCGUCUUAUCUGCAACGCAACACCUUGCCAUUCACAAGCAAGAACAUCGUCAUCGAAAAACACGGCGAUACGAUUGCAGCUCCGUACGCAAGUUGGAUCAGCCAUUCACGUUCACACAACGAUGGAAAAUGGUAAUGCUCCAUUACGGCUUCGUAUUGAACUUCCACUUCAACCCCCCGAACACUGCCUCGAAUUGCACCGUCUCCUGCCAGGGAGGGUAGUCGCACAUUCUCGCCAACGGUGCCUUGGAUUACAGCUUCAAAGCGAGAUUGAAAUUGACAACGACAUCAGCACGAUUUCAUCCGACAGCGUUUGGCAGAGCGUUAAAGAAUGGACAUCAGUUACGGAAAAUUUGGCCGUCUUCGCUUUCCUUAGAACAUUUGUAGUCGCAUGUGUCGCUAUAAUAUUCAUCUCGCUCACUAUUUCUAUUGUAAACUUUUUCUCGCACACAUUUCCAGCCAAGAAACGAGUCUAA